GUUGAUACCCGCUAUCUUACGUCGUUUUCCGGGGCAGGAUGAGUUGUCACUCGAAGCUUCAGUCUUCUUGCCAUUACGUCAUCGUGUGCGUUUGUUGAUACUAUAUUUUCAUUUUCUUUGCAAUCUUAUAUGUACUGGCGUCAGUGGCAUAUUUAGCACCAUGCAUUCCAUGCUGUAAUGCUUUAGUCCAAGCGUAGUGUUGCAUAUUGUCAACACACGAAUGCUAAGGGAAAACAAAAGCACGCUCUGCGUCACCAACACCCCGCCUUAUUCAAGUGCUUAUGGAAAUAUAUAAUCAAUUUUACACUUGUAGGAUGAACCAGAUAAUGCGCUUUAUAAUUAGUUGUGGUCAAUUUGUUGCUAUAUUUGCUAAACAAGGUGAUAUAACUGGCUGAACAAGUAACAACCUAAUAGCGUUUGUUUGCAAACAAUGUAUCAUCAUUAUGUCACUAAAAGUGUGACGCCCAUUUUAAGUUGCAACAAACUCGUACUCAUCGCACAGAAAGUUCACAAAACUGUACAAUAAUUAGUUUUCGAAUUAAAAGUAAGUGUCAUGUUAACACUUAACUUGUUCACAAACGCUCAGUGCUUCUUGUAACCAAAUUACCGACGCUCGUAUUACCACAUCGAUCACCGAGUUGUAUCGAAUUGAUUUAUUUGUUUCGACGAAAACCAAACAUCUAGCAUUAAUCGCGAGCCAACUUAGGCGUCACAUUGAUGGUAGUUACUAAUCAGUAGAUGGUCCGCUUUUGUUUAAAUAUCACCAAAACAAGGUUUUAAUCCCAAAACAACAGUUUUUAAAUGGUGCGCACUCCGCAGUGUAUACCAAAUGGCCGCCGCCUAAAAUAAAUGGUUGCAAAAAUAUUAAGAAAAACCCAAAUGAAUUUUUUGCUGCAUUUUAGAAUAAUAAAUUAUUCGUUUGAUCGCGCGUCCGGUUAUCUUUUUUACGGUCUCGAAAUUAUUACUUGUAACGUUGAUAAAACAAAAAAAUGGUUUAUAUUUUAAUGUCAGCUGCGCUAGUUGCCCAAAUUUGAUGUCCGGUUUGCGCUGUGUCGUGCCAUUGGCUUCGUCGUUCAAUUGUUUCCUGCCACUAAUAUUAUUGUCCUCUCUUUCGUCUGGUAAACACAUUUCGAUUACAAAUGUGGUUUUGCUAUGCAGUGCAUAAUAUUGCGGUGGAAUUCGUGACCGGCAAUAUACUCAGCCAGGAGCUACGCUUAAAUUAAUUAAAUUAGCAUUUGGUUAUUUGUCUGGUAUUGGGUUUAAUUGGCGUAAAAUCACACCAGUGCUAACCAGAUAGACGUUACAUUUGAAGUAUGUAGGAAAGGCGAUGUCCGAGUUCAGGUCACGGGUUUAAUGUUGAACGCGCGUUUCCUGUACGACGAUGUUAUCAACUUAUGGCUCAAGUUUGUAGUGAACGUUUGUGACUCACCGAAAUAAAUAGAAAAUCGGAAACAAAUACACGCCGCGCUUCGACCCACUUUAUAAUUCGACAUCCAGUAUGUAAUAGCGCGCAAAAAACUUUGUUAACAAGAAGUCGAUAUUUCUUAAGUCCCGGAGUGAAGGUGGUAACAAUGCGUUUUAGAUCUGCAAGCUGCAUUCUUUUAAAAGCCGUUUUAAUGCGCGUAUUUGUAAUACUGAUUUUUCUAUUCAUAUUUAUAAAGAGGAUUGAGCCUUGACCUUUUCGCUGAGUUUCGCGACCAUAUUUGCAGUGACGUAAGUGAUUGAAUUUCCUUGUUUCAGCUUGCGUGGUAUUCAAGUUCAUUUACCAUUGAAUUUGUGUGCAGUAUACUCUUUAAAUAGCUUAAGUCACAUUGGUAUGCAUGACUUUAAGCAUGUAGUUUUAGUGCUGUUAGUUAAGGUAUGGUUUACUAGUAAAGUUUCCUAUUUGUGUUGUUGUUUCAACCACUUUUCUAAUGUUUGUUGGUGUGGAAAAGUUAUUGUGUUUCUACCUUCUAUUGUAAAUUCUAAAUAGAAAUUUUGAAUCAAUAGCAACAAGAUUUUAAGGAAGUUAAUCUCAGCAUGACGCAAUCUAUUGUUUCUGUUGUUUUUUGCUAAUUUGUCUAUUUUGUUAAAUAUAUUUCUUGUAGAUUCAGUGGACUAACUUGAGGUGUAGUUUAAAUUAAGACUUUUACUGGAUUGUGUUCAGUUCAGGGAUGACUGCAAUUGCAACUGCUUUCACUGCAUAUGAUAUGCAGACCCUCCAUGGUCAGAGCUUCCAGGAUUAUUGCUCCGUGAACUCUUCCGAUGAAGAUCGAGGAUCAGAUUACAGUUUAUCGGAUAUUGAGGAUGGUUUGUCAUCAACUUCAGCUGUAACAAAAUGGCCAACUGACAUUCCAGUAGUAGUGAAUAAAAAGGCGUAUAAUUUGCCGAACCAUGCUAAUCAUGGGCAACCGGCUCACAGAAAACUUUGCCGGGCUCCGAUUCUUACAAAUGUGUGGCAGCGUCAGGUUUCAAUGAAUACGUCUCGCAGAAGAAAUUCAUCUCAACGUCACUCUGCCCAUCGCUUACCUGCUCAACAAACUUUGAAAUUUGGUGUUCAGCAAAUUGCUCAUCUGUUUGAGAACAUUUCAAAUAAAGAGAAAGUAGUUGCACCAACUACUUGUACCACUAUGAAAACUAUGAACAUUCCAAACAAACAAAGCAUGAAAGUUGUAAAACUUGCAUCUUCUCCAGGCCAAACAAAACUACCUGUUAUAAACAGUCCUGUUAAUAGGAAACAAAGUUUAUCAAGAAUUCGAAUCCAAUUUCCAUCCCCAUCGCAUAUUGAUAUAAUUCGUGAUCGCAGUCAAAGUUACAGCGGUGUGCUUGACUCUCCAAGGUCCAGAUGUUCAUCAGUCCUCAGUACCAACAGUUUGAAGAUUGACAGUGAUGCUGCUGAUUCCAAUGUUUCAGAAGAGGGAGGUUCACAUAAAUCUGUCAAGCAAUGGAAGCAUUACAAGAGAGCAAUGGAAGCUUACCGGAAAUCUGCACAGAGGGCAAAAGCGAAAGCUGCUGCUGCCAAUCAAGAGCCUGGUUCUACGAAAGUUGACAGUCCCCUCCACAGUCAUAGUAUAUUUGAACGUGGUAGUAUAUAUGAUCUGUGGGACAAUAAGAGUCACUCUUCCACUCCAACUGUUGAAGAUGAAGGCAUGAAUACUGAUCUUUGCAGUGACUUUGGUUCAUCUCGGCAUAGUGAUGAGUAUCCCAUAUGGAACGGGAAUUCUCCUGUCUCACCUUCAAUAAGAGAUUGGAAUUAUUCAGUUGAAGAUACUGAUCAUUUAAGUUUAGACUAUCGUACCCUAAUGGCAUCCAAUAAACCGAAAAAUGGCUGGAUGUUGGUUCAAAAUGCUGUUACUCAUAGGGGUGUGAAGAAUGAAUAUAGAAAAAGUAUGGAACCAGAUUCAAUCACAGACAUUGAUGCUUUAAUGAUGGAGUUUGAUGAAAAAGUAUCCAGCAAAGAUGAUGAUGAUGAAUGUAAUGAAAAAACAUCUUUUGAUUUGACGCAGAAUAAAACUAAUUCUCCUUCAUUAAGUCCUGUUUCACCAGAGAAGAUUGUUUGGCCAGAAUAUGAAAAACUUGUAAAAGCAAAGUUUGAGGUUUGUCAGCAUCCCAACUCUAGCUUUAAAAUGCGUCUCGCUGCACUGGAGAAAAAAGGUGUGAAAUCUAUGUGUAGUUUUGAGCAGGAUAUGAAUGAAAUGGAUAGUGAUAAAAGUCGAACAUCUUCAACAACUGACACUGAUAUGUUAAACAGCAACCUAAGAGAUAAAAGUAUUAUUCGCAAGCGGAACUUAUCACUUUCCAACUCCUACCUUAACCAGAGACAAGCAAGUGACAUGUGCGGUGAAACAAAGACUUUUUCACAACAUAGGCAUUACCAUACUGUUGCCAGCCCUGCACGAUUAUCCAAGUUGCUCCGAAAGCAAGCGAAACAAAGGAUUCUUUCCCCUCUCUCUUCACCGAAGUGUUCUGCCCAGAUUAAAACUGAAGCACGGCCAUUUAAUCGUAGGACAGCAAGUUUGGGUGAUCCUUGCAACGCUUCUUUAGAUGAAAACAUCACUUUGAUCAAUGAUGAAGAUGAAAACUUGUUUUACACUGAGGAUGUUUUCCCACUACCGUCACCAGCUUCAUUGAAAGAUACAAGUUCUUCUAUUAAUGAAUUCAACUUUCCAAGCCCACCUCCUGAAUUCACAAAUACAUUCAAUGAUGAAGUGGUGCCAGGUUCACAUUCCCAAUGUGAGAUUGAUACUGCCCUUGUUAAUAAAGAUGCUGCCGAAAUUGAAAAUAAUGUUAAUGGUGUCAAAGCUUUCUUUAACAUCGGUUGCAAUGAUGUUGACUCCAUAACCAGUAGUACUUACAUUAACUGUACUGAUGUUGGUCAGAAUCCAGUUAUUUUAAGGAAAAAUAAGACAGAUAGUUCAAUAAAUGCAUCCAGUAACUUAUCCCCACAAUCUAUUAAUUCCAAAAGGGCAUCGUGGCUUUACUCAAACAUUCAAAGUUCAAGUUUUGAAAACAUUCCCACCAACAAUGAUUCAAGUGCUGCAAGUAAUGGUGCAACAACUUACAUGAAUGUGACUCACCAAAGUAGAAAAGAUACUAAAGUGCUUCCACAAUUAGAAGUUGCUGUUCCAAAGAUUGUUGUUACUCGUUCUCCUAAACCUGACCAAAGAAAACUAAACUUAAAUUUAAAAAAGAAAAGUUCAUUAUACUCAGCUAUGGCUAUUUCUGAAGGUCGAGUUUAUCAAAAUUCUGAUCUCAGUCCAAAUGAAUAUUCAUGUAUCACCACACCUGGGUCAGAAUCAGAAGGUGAUUAUGUUAAUUACGAAUCAUUCUAUAAAAAACUUCCUCCCAAAAGUAAAUCUGCAUCAUGCAGUCCGGAGGGACAGAGAAAACAUACAGAUUAUGAGGAACUUGAUCCAGCAAAAAUUUUACCAAAGAACGUUUCUAAGUUAGAACUCGAUAUAGACGGAUAUUUUUCAUCACUUGGUAGAAAAAAACUUUCUCCUCGCCACUUGCCAAAAUUUCUUCAAUCACCAACUUUGUCAAGAUUUACAAGUAGAAAAAAAAGCUGCGCUGGCCAACAACCAACCAAUGCUACCAUAUCAUCAAAUCAACCAUUAAUGGUGAACUCAAAUACAAAUACCAACAAUAGUUCUGAAGUUUCAUCAGUGACCUCAUCUUUAGGUUGUAUGUCCGUUGAGCUUUCUCCAUCCACUUCACACUGCUCUUCAUCCAUUGCUUCCAGUGGCCAGAUCUUCACAUCAGUUAACUCGAUCCCCAACACCAAGAGCUCCAUGUUUGAGCCCAGUGUUUUUGCACCUUACUAUGCCUCUUUACCCAGGCACUUCAGAAAGAAAAAGAAGAAGGUAAAACGUGCCCAAGAGAUCUCUGUUCCAUUGACUGAGUGCCUCACAAAUCCCUCAGCGACAUUUCAACUUAAAUUAGAGAAAGUGUACCAAGCACCGAGCCAGAAAUUGGAUCUUAUUUCAGCUUUCAUCAACAAAGAGCCAAUACAGAGUGUUGGUGUAGGUGAAGUUGAUGUACAGAUACCCAGGAAACAACCAGUUACUAAAUCUUAUUCUACAAGCAAUAUAUUCUCUGGAAUGACGAAAGUUCUUAAAUUGAAUAGAUUAAAAACGCGUGCAGCAAAAAGCAGGGUAAACUCAGUUCGGAGCCCAAAUUCAGCUUUACCCUCUCCCCCUGCAGCGGUCCAUCAGCAGCAACAAUCAUCUUACAACCAACAACCUGCUGCUCCUGUUCAUGUGGAAAUAAAACCUCAGAUUGAAGAUGGAAAGAAGGCAAAGAAAGGGAAAAAGAAAAAGGGAAAAUUAACAAAAGCAGAUAUCAGUAUGCCAUCAGGAUUCAAGCAUGUUGGGCAUGUGGGUUGGGAUCCAAACAAGGGAUUCGACACCAACAAUAUGGAUCCAGAUGUGAAGGAAUUAUUCAAUAACGCUGGUGUCACAGAGGAUGAUAUGCAUGAUAAAGAGAAAGCUCAGUUUAUCUACGAUUUCAUUGAGAAACGAGGGGGAAUAGAUGCUGUUAAACAAGAACAGAAGCAAAGAGGUGCUCCUCCUCCUCCACCACAGAGAGGAACAGGAGGAGGUCCACCACCCCCGCCCCCACAAAGAGGAGGACCCCCUCCACCUCCACGAAAAGAUGCUUCACGAUCUCAACCACCACCACCACAUAGGAGCCAAGGUCCUCCUCCUCCACCUCCUGACCGAGGAAAUCGUCAAGCUCAGACACCUCAACCUCCGAGAGGUCGUGAACCUCCAGUUCUUGGAGGUAGGAUGAGCCAUCCACCUCCACCACCCCGUGCUCCAGAAAGCAUUCCUCCCCCGCCCCCACCAUCUGCAUCAUAUGCCCCACCCCCUCCUCCCUCAAUGCCAUCUAAUGUUCCUCCUCCACCCCCGCCUCCACCACCAAGCUCUUCUGCUCCACCACCUCCUCCUCCUGCCACUGGUAUGGGCCGUGGAGCAUUGCUGCAGCAGAUAAGACAAGGGACCGGUUUGAAAUCAGCAUCUGAACCUGUUAAGACCACGAACCGUCCGGCUGCUACCGGUCGUGAUGCGUUGUUGGAUGAUAUAAGGAAAGGUGGAAUUGGUGGAUUGAAAUCGGUAUCCCAUGAACAGAACGAUAAACCAGUAGCUUCACCUCCUCCAGAAGAGGGUUUAGCUGGUGCCCUUGCUCGUGCUUUGCAGAAGCGAGAAAAUGCAAUUCAUUCAGAUUCUGAAUCGGAUUCUGAUAAUGAAGAUUUUGAUGAUGAGGAAUGGAGUGAUUAGAAAUAUUUAAAGAUGAAUGAAAUGGUUUUAUUUUGUGAUUAAUAUUGCGGUAUUGGCAAUCACAUAAUUUAAACACUGUCAUCUAUAUAUUCCAGCGUAUAGUGAACAUACCAUGCAAAUAUAAUUAUGUGGAACAGUGCCUUUAGUAAAGCAGUCAAGUUAUUAAAUACAACAUGGAAAAUAAUUAUUAUAAUAUCAGAUAUCAGGCUACCAUUAUGCUUGCAUCUGUCCACCAAAUCACAUUUGGAGAAAUGGUUACCAUACCUGACAUUGUGCGUUUUGCAUGGUGUGUAUUACCAAGCUGGAUAGUUUUGAUUGUAUCUGUAUCUCGUAUGUAUAUAUAAUAAUGUUAUACAAUAUUUACUUGGUUUAAACAGCUUGCGUUAUAUUAAUUAAUGUUGAAAUUGUUAUUAACUAAACUGCAACUGCGUUAUUGUAAUUACUGCAACAAAUAUAAGUGAUCCGAUCUGGA